AUGUUGCUGAUCCAUUGCCAAAUCAAGCCUCGCUGCUACACCCACAUAACCCUGCAGCAUGUGGUAGCAGUGCACUGGACUGACUGACCACUAAGAGAUGGAGGCAUUGAUUGACAGUUUGCCCUGGCUCGACGUUGAGAGGGAGCACAACCCAGAGACAUAGCUUUCCUCAAGUCACAGAGAACAUGACCUGUGCAGAACCUAUUGUGCAAGCUUGCCAGGACGUUGCUGUGUUUACUGUAUAGUAUAUUUAUAACAGCCCCAGGAGGCUCCUGGGGCGAACACCUCCCAGGGAAUGUUUCCGUUGGUCCCGGGAGGACGAGCAGAGCAGCCACACGCUCUGCCUGAGUCAAGAAGGAAUUAUUAUGUUAACCACAAGGCACCACUCAAGCUAAAGAAUCCUGGACAUAAACGGCUGCAAGACAGAGAGUUAACCUGGUCCCCCGUCGGCAGGUCCCUGGAUGCCCCGCGGCGCACUGUCCUCCGCCGCCCAGUGCUUCCAAAUGGCCGGGAGUUGACCCCACCCGCCACGAUGACGCUGCGCGAGCAGCUGAGAGAGAAGAUCUCGGCGGCCUUCUACCGCCACGGGCUGCUGUGUGCCUCCUACCCAGUACCCAUCGUCCUCUUCACCUCCGCCAGCAUCCUCACCUGCUGCUAUCCAUUGUUGAGGCUUCCCCUUCCUGGGACGGGUCCUGUAGAGUUCACUACAGGGCUGCGAGACUACAACGUCCCUUCCCAUGAGCCUCAGGUAGACCUCGGGGAGCGGCCCAACUGGUAUCAGGGUCCUCCAGUCGCCUACAUCCAGCAGGUGUUGGUGAAGGCAGCAGUGUCUCCAUGGGACAGCAGCCUCGUACCAGUGGACAUGUUUCGGUCACCAGUCGGCCGCGUCUUUGGUUUGCUGGAAGAGAUUCGUAACCACGUACACACCGACAGCUCUGGGGUUCGCAGUCUGGAGACGCUAUGUCUCCAGGUGACGGACCUGUUACCAGGGUUACGGCGGAUGCAGUCGGUGCUUCCAGAGCACGGCUGCCUGCUCGUUUCUCCCGGCAACUACUGGCAGAACCAGCAGGAGCUGUUUGACUCCGACCCCGACCUCCUCAAGACCAUCCAGAAACACGAACCCAAAGGCCUGCACACCUCAGCCACACUGCGAGAUCUGCUGUUUGGCGUUCCUGGAAAGUACACAGGGGUCAGUCAUUACAACAGGAAGCGGGUGGUGACGUACACCAUCACUUUGGUGUUGUCCAGCUACGAUGCAACGUUCCUGGGCAGCCUGCGGGCUCGUCUGAAGCAGCUCCACCCGUCGGCCAACUGCAGCCUGAGAGACGACCACAUGGUUCACGUCCACUUCAAGGAGGAGAUCGGCAUCGCCGAGCUCAUCCCUCUCGUCACCACAUACAUCAUCCUUUUUGCCUACAUCUACUUCUCCACGCGUAAGAUCGACAUGGUGAAGUCUAAGUGGGGUCUGGCUCUGGCUGCUGUGGUCACAGUCCUCAGCUCGCUGCUCAUGUCUGUGGGACUGUGCACACUGUUUGGCCUGACACCGACACUCAAUGGAGGGGAGAUCUUUCCUUACCUGGUGGUGGUGAUCGGCCUGGAGAAUGUCCUGGUCCUCACAAAGUCCGUAGUCUCCACACCGGUCGACCUCGAGGUCAAACUCCGCAUUGCUCAGGGCCUUAGUAAUGAAAGCUGGUUUAUCAUGAAGAACAUGGCCACUGAACUUUGCAUCAUCCUGAUUGGAUAUUUCACACUGGUGCCAGCUAUCCAGGAGUUCUGUUUGUUUGCUGUUGUGGGGCUGGUGUCUGACUUCUUCCUGCAGAUGUUCUUCUUCACCACAGUGCUAUCUAUAGACAUCCGCCGCAUGGAGCUGGCCGACUUAAACCGCCGUCUGCCGGCAGAAGCGGGGCUGCCUACACCCAAGGCUGGACCACUGCGUCAACGCGAGGUCCCUCCGCCACCACGACCCUCCCCGCACACAAUCACCUUCCAGACUCCGCCCUUCAUGGCCCUGAGGCUUCCCAAGAGGCUGCGCGUGGUGUACUUCCUGGCCCGCACGCGCCUGGCUCAGCGUAUCAUCAUGGUUGGCACUGUGAUCUGGAUCGGCAUCCUCGUCUACACCGACCCAGCAGGGAUCCGCACCUACCUGGCUACACAGGUAUCUGAUCAAAGCCCUCUGGGAGACCCUGGAGGAGGAGGAGGAGGAGGCAGCAGCCUUCCUCACCACCUUGGGGUCGCUCCCGUCUUCAGAGGUGGCGAUCCCACCAGCACCCUCAGUAUUCACGCCGCUCCAGAGCCGACUCCGUUGCCUGAGAACCAAUCACAGGGCCACCAUGGUUCAGCCAUGGCAGGCUCACUCCCUCAGGCCCCGCCCGCAGUGCCUCACAUCACCUGGGGGGCGGAGGAUGAGGAGGGCUGGAGGAGACUGUCCUUCAGGCACUGGCCAUCGCUCUUCAGCUACUACAACAUCACUUUAGCCAAGAGAUACAUCAGCAUCCUGCCCGUCAUUCCCGUCACUGUACACCUGAGCCCCCAAGAAGCCGUCGAGACACGUCACCCUCAGGACACGAGACAUCCUUCUUUACCCAUUCCCAAAGUGUCCGUGGAUCUACAGACUGACCUCACCCUUUACAAAGUGGCAGCUCUCGGUUUGGCAGCAGGCGUCCUGCUGGUUCUGCUGCUCUUCUGUCUCUACCGUGUCCUCUGCCCACGUAACUACGGUCAAAACGGUGUAACCCACGGGCGCCGGCGUCGAGGGGAACUACCAUGUGACGACUACGGGUACUCGCCACCCGUCAGCGAGAUCUCACCGCUACUGUUGAGGGGCCACAGCAUGGACAUUGAGUGUUUGGCCAGUGACGGGAUGCUGCUGGCCAGCUGCUGCCUGGCUGGACAGAUUCGUGUCUGGGACGCUCAGACUGGAGACUGCCUGACCGUCAUCUCAAACCACGGGCUGAGGCGGAGCAGCAGCAGUGGCUGCUGGGACCAGCGGGACGGCUGGGACGCAUUGAGCGGAACCACAGAACCAGAGGCUCCAGGCUCUGACGGCUGCGACCGCUGCAGCAGCGGCGACGGCCCGUCAGAGGACGAGGGUUACCCACUGAGACGCCGCACCGCUCCCGCCCGGCCGAUUCUGUUCAGUGACCAGCCCGAUCUCACCCCACUCAUUGACACAAACUUCACCUUACAGCCACCCUCCCACCUCUCCACCCCACUCAGGGCGGGGUUUGACUUUGGAGGUCUUGUGGAACGCGCCUACAUGGAGCACGAGCCCCCGUCGCCCUCUGCUCACACCUCUCCGUCCUCCGCCUCCUCCUCGCCCCCUUCGGGCUCUCAGUAUCACAGAAGCCCCAGUUUAGGGGACACAGCCGCUCACUUGACCCAGGAAAGGGCCUCCACAGCAGGGACGCAGGCGAUGCCGGACUGGGAGAGCUCCGUCUGGGCCAUGGAGCUGAGGGGAAAUCUGAUAGCAGCUGGGAGGAGCAGUGGUAAACUGGAGCUGUGGGACGCCGUGGAGGGGUCGUUACGCUGCAGUAAUGAUGAUGGCGUCUCGGGAAUCACAGCUCUUGCCUUCCUCAACAACAGAAUCGUCGCGGCUCGACUCAACGGUUCUCUGGAUUUCUUCACCGUCGAGAUAAACAAACCUCUGGCUCUGCUGCAGUACAGAGGAGCCCCUGGACGAAGCAGCAUCCCUCCAUCUCCCUGUUACAGCAGCGAAGACGCCAUCAGCCUCCAGCUCACACGCUCCAUACAGUGCGCUCACCAGAAGCCAAUCACGGUGCUGCGAGCGGCCGCGGGGAGGGUCGUCACCGGCAGCCAGGACCACACAGUCCGGGUUUAUCGUCUGGAGGACUCGUGCUGCCUCUUCACGCUGCAGGGUCACUCGGGAGGAAUCACUGCCAUCUACAUAGACCAGACGAUGGUUCUGGCGAGCGGAGGGCAGGACGGCGCCAUCUGCCUGUGGGACGUACUCACGGGGAGCCGGGUCAGCCAUGUUUACGGUCACCGCGGUGACGUCACCUCGCUGGUCUGCACCCACUCCUGCGUCAUCAGCUCGGGACUGGACGACCUCAUCUGUAUCUGGGACCGUAGCACGGGCAUCAAGCUCUACUCCAUACAGCAGGAGGCGGGAUGCGGGGCCAGUCUGGGUGUGAUCUCCGAGUCUCUCCUGGUGACCGGGGGCCAAGGCUGCGUCUCCUUCUGGGACCUGAACUUCGGGGACCUGCUGCAGACAGUCUACUUAGGCCAGAGCAGCGACGGGCAGGGCGUGCGGCAGCUGCUGGUGCUCGACAACGCCGCCAUCGUCUGCGACUUUGGCAGCGAGCUCAGCCUGGUGUACGUGCCGUCAGUGCUGGAGAAACUGGACUGACGGACAGACGGUGGGAACACGAACAUGCAGACAGAGCGUCUUUCUUUCUUUUUUUUUUUACUUUCUCUUGUCGUUUCUGACACGCGGUUACUUUCCUCUGCACUUGGGGCUUAUUUUUUAAAGCAGUGAGAGGUUUUUAAAGGUUCGGAUGCAAAAAAGCAAAACACUGCUGCACUGUUGACAUUCACCAAGUUCGUGGUGAACUGACGUGAAGAGAAUCCGGCAGUCACCAGUUUGUUUGUUUGUUUGUUUGUCUGUGUUUUUGGUUUAUCGUGGCUCUGCCCUCUAUGCUGCUGAUGCGGGCGGGGCUUCACUGAGACCCCGCCUACUCUGAGAGGAAAGCGAAGCCUCUCCUUAUUUUUUAAAAAACAAAAAUUCCUGCUGCCUCGUUUGCUGGAGCGCAGCCACCAUGAGCUUGACACGUCGACGGCCUGUGUGGAUGACGUGAGCAGUUAGACGUUAGUGUGUGAAUGAAUGAAUGAAUGAAUGAAUGGAUGGAGGCCCUUUUUAAGGCGAAACAGAGCUGCAAACAAAAAAGCGGUUAUGAGUGCGAUGUGCAUGUGGGACAGAAGUGACGAUUACUGUACAAAGUGACUGUUAUUAUAUGUAUAAAUCUAUUAUUUAUUAGCGAUACAUUUUUAAAAUAACAGUCUGUUUUAUUAACGGCUAAUCCUAGCUCUUAAACAAGAUGGUGAUUGUUUGUUUGGUGGGUUGGGGGCUCUACUGGGGGACAAAGUUGUAUAAGUAUAAUUUGUAAAAUAUUGAAGUGGGAACACUGAAGUGUUUGCUGUUGUGGACGGUGUGCGUGUGUGUGUGGAUGUGGGGGGGGGGGAGAGUUCCGACACAUACCCCAGGCUCAGCCUCGUAUUCUGGGGGUCACUGAUGCUGUAUGAGGGGCCAAUGCUGUGCUACACCUUCAUCAGGCUACCUCCUCUUUCCAAACUGCUUGAAUUUCAUUCGACAAUACUGACGUUGUCUUGCGCAGGCGGUCUUUUCUCAGAUGUCGUGUUUACAUCGGCAGCCGCAUCUUUUUUAAAAUUAUUAUUAUUUUUUCCAUUCCGGCAAAAACACACAAAAAAAAUUCACCAAACUGUAAAAUCACCCAACGCUGGACGUCGCAGUGCGAUUAGUCGGCGUCGCCGUGUUGUUGAUGUAGAUUUGGAAUCGGGCUUUAAAACUUGUAGCGUGGCAGUGAAAAUGUGAGGAAAGGCAACAAAUAGACAGAAGAUUUAAAUAAUAAUGAACAAAUGAAUGAAUAAUGAACUUAUGAUGAGUGAUCUUACUGACAUGACCGAAAUAAAUAAACAUACAUACAAAUUUUAAACGGUAUAUUUAAGUUGUUGCACUAUAAAUCAUUUUUGAUUCCACAAAAUACUUGAUAUUUCCAUAAUUUCCUCGCUAAAUGUUGGAGAUUAAUGCAUAUUUUCAGGAAUUUUUAAGUCUUUUAAACUGAUCUACAGUUCGGCAUGGAGUUCAUUUUGUGUCUUUAAUGUGUAAGCAAACGAUAGAUGUGAGAGCAAUUUGCAAAGAAAAUGUUUUACAAAGAGAAUGUUUUGAAUAUAUGAACA